AUGUUUGGCGAAGAGAUCAAGCAACUGAGGAAGAUGGGACUUCGCCAUGUUCUCUUACAGGUUCUCAAUUUUGCCAGCGUCCUCGCAACGGGCCUCAUGAUAUGGAAAGGCUUAGGCCUUGUAAUGAAUACUGAAAGCCCGAUCGUGGUUGUGCUAAGUGGAUCAAUGGAACCUGCAUUCUACCGCGGCGAUCUCCUCUUUCUCACAAACCCCUCGAAUACGCCUUACGUAGUUGGCGAAAUCACUGUCUACAAAGUUCCCGGGAAGGAUAUUCCUAUAGUUCAUCGCAUUGUUGAAACCCACCAAACUGGAGAGAAUCCCACAGAUCAGUUAUUAUUAACAAAAGGAGAUAACAAUCAUUUAGAUGACCUAGAAUUGUACGAAGGACUUCAAUGGCUACAGCGAAAGCAUGUGGUUGGCAAGGUCGGCGGGUUCCUGCCAUACGUCGGCUAUGUGACUAUAGCAAUGAACGACUUUCCGCAACUCAAAUAUGCAUUAUUAGGCGGUCUGGGGUUUUUGGCCUUAAUACAACGAGAAUCAUGA